AUGAGCUCCUCGCUCGAGGCCAAGAUAGUCGUGCUGGGCUCGCAGGGCGUCGGCAAGACUUCCCUAGUCAACCGCUAUGUGCGAAAUGCCUUCGACCCAGCCACCACCACCUCUACCGUCGGCGCGUCGUUCGUCACCAAGCGCGUCCAAGACACCACAUCCGACACCAUCGUUCGUCUGCAAAUCUGGGACACCGCCGGCCAAGAGCGCUUCCGCAGUAUAUCACGCCUCUACUAUCGCGGCGCCAACGCCUGCCUGCUCUGCUACGACAUCACAGACGAAACCAGCUUCAAGGAGAUGACCGGCUGGCUGCAGGAGCUGAAAAGCAAUGUCGACAACAGCGCCCUCGUCAUUCACGUCGUCGGCACAAAAUCGGAUAUCGUAGCCAUCGACCCAUCCCGUCGCAAAGUCCCCUUUGAGCGUACCAUCGCAUAUGUCGCUGAACAGCUGUAUCCGUCGCAGGCCUCGACGCCUCCGCCAACCGCCAGCUUCGGGAAUAUUGUGUCGCCUGGCACUGUGCAGAGUCCCGAUAGUAAGCGGAGCAGUGGGUUCUGGGGCCAAGAUAUAGGCUGGGACUGCUGUCAUGAGAUCAGCGCCAAGGAUGGAGAGGGCGUUGAAGAAGUGUUCCAAGUGAUUGCACGCAAGCUCGUGGAGCAGCGCAAUAAAUCAUCUGCAUCGAACGUGGCGCAUGAUAUUGUGAAUGGGAACGCGGAGCGCUCUCUCGCCAACGAUGCUGAGGGUAUGGACAGUCGUGGCAGUUUUCGUAUUGGCCUGGGCGAUAAACGACGCAGUUGGCUGGGCUUUCCUCCAGGCAUGAUUGCGUCUGAAGAAGUCGAGUCGCCAGCGCGCCCGGGCAAGCAGCGACGGCCCUGUUGUUGA